AUGGAUCGAAGUUGGAUAUCAAAUUCAAAACCGGGUGACCCGCAAUAUGAAGCUGGAAUAAGGGAUUUCGUCAAUUUUGCGGUUAAGAAUGCCGGAGAUCGUUCUAGGUUACCAUGCCCUUGCUUCAAAUGCCAUAAUUUUUUGUAUAGACGGAUAGAUGAAAUUCUCGGUCAUUUGAGAAAGAAUGCUUUCGAUAGAACAUAUACCCGUUGGAUUUGGCAUGGAGAAAACUAUGAAAGAACUCGUACAAGUGAUUCUGGGAACCAUGUUCAUGAUGUUCAUGAAGGUCCUAAUGUUAAUGACAUCCCUAAUGCUAAUGAGGGUGAUAGGUUAGGAGACAUGAUACGUGCAGCUCAAGAUAAGUUCGCUGAAAAUCCUGCCACAUUUGAGGGGGUGUUAAAAGAUUCUAAAACACCCUUAUAUCCAGGUUGCAGCAAGUAUACAAGACUAUCUAGUAUACUUAGAUUAUAUAAUGUGAAGGCAGGUCAUGGUUUAACUGAUCAAUGUUUUGAUGAAGUACUUGAAGUUUUCAAAGACAUGCUUCCUGAUGAUAAUGUCUUUGCAAGUGGUGCAUAUGAGGCUAAAAAGAUAUUGAUCUCGAUGGGCUUGCCAUACGAGAAAAUUCAUGCUUGUCCUAACGAUUGCAUACUCUAUCGAAAUGAGCGUGAAUCAUUAAAGAAUUGCCCAGUAUGCAAUGCCUCGCGAUACAAGGAGAAGGAAGGAGUGUCGGCUAAGGAAAAAGGUGUCAAAGUUUUUGAUGCACAUCAAAAUGAGACCUUUAAUCUGAGAGCAAUGUUGUUUUGCACCAUCCAAGGUUUUCCGGCAUAUGGUAAUCUUUUGGGGGAUACUGUGAAAGGGGAAACUGCUUAUCCCUUAUGUGAGGAUGGUAUGAAGGGAAAGUGGCUAAGGAAUUCUAAGAAGAUGGUUUACUUUGAUCAUCGUCCGUUUUUGCCCUGUGAUCAUCCAUACCGCAAGCUGUAG